AUGCGCGGUCACAUCGCCAUUUCGCAGAUCGUCAACAUGGCGGAGAGCGCGACUUCGGACGGCAAGCAAGCGACGGCGCCCCCCGGCAGCGUGCCACCUCCGACACAGCAGCGCACCGGCGGCGCCCCUGCGAGCACUGCACCAACAGGCGGCGGCAGCGGCCAGGCGGGUAACUCAGCGUCCGGCGACACUUCGACGGGCAGCACCAAGACGGGCGUAACCAAGCUCAUCUCCUUCUCCAGCGCCACCGGCAAGACCUCCGACGCGGACAUGCGCGAGGCCGAUGGCAACGCCUCGACUGACGCUGCAACCCAGGAAACGGGUGACGCGAACUCAGAGUCCAAGGCUCCAGACGUGGACAUGAAGGGCGCCCCUGAGUUCAAGUUACCACGACACGCGACGCUAGAGGACGUCAGGGGACUCAUCUUCGCAGGCAUGCUUCGGCAGGAGGAGACCAACGCGUAUCUCGUGGGGGUCCCAGGGGUCGUGAACGACAUUCGCGCGGGCGCGUUCGCCAUGGAAGGCUACGGCGGCGCGACCACGUUGGUCGGCUUCGAGGAGCUCUCCGACGAGGAUCUUCAGGGGUUGAAGGAAGUCUGUGGCGCCGACGCUGGGAUCGAUGUCCUAUGUCCACGUCGUUCGCCUCUUUCAGCGUUCGAACUGGACAAUACCCUGAAUUCCAUCGGUAUUCGACGCGAGAUGGCCUCACUCCUGCGUCACUUCAACAGCACAAGGCUCGCUGAGCGCGUGUUCAAGAUGACUGGUUACCUGCGUCGAGUCCUCGGGGCCUACCGAAACAUGCGUUCUCUGGUUGACUCUCAGCAGGGUUUCACCGCCGCUCAGGAAGUAGUCGAUACGCGACGCAAGUACAAGGAACUGAAGCGCGCCUGGAAAUUCACGUGCGACUACUGGUUCCUGGAGGUCCAAGAGGCCCUGGGCAAGGUGGAUGACGCUGAGUCCAAGUACAAAGUCGCGCUGGGCGAGCAGAAGGCGCGGUAUCAAGACGAGAUUGAUUCUCUGGAGUCCGAGAAAGCGCAACUCAAGGCGCGCCUUGCCGACUCUGAGGCACAAGUGCGACUCCUGAAAUCGCGUCUUGAGUCAGCCACCGUGGACCCCUGGGAGUUCUCCGAUUUCCUUCAAGAGCACACAGACUUCACGGAUAAUUGGGAGCGCCUCCACGACCGCUUCAAGCUCUGCAUCAAGGACUCGAAGCCUCCCGAAUCCUGGGACACUGUCAUCAACGUCACGGCCAUGGACAAGCGCAAGGCUGCGGUGGUCCCCAAGCCUCGCAGCGGUUCGAAGACCGGGGGCAAAACUCAGGAUUCCAAGAAAGGUCAAGGCCCCAGAAAAUCACGGGAUUCCAAGGCGCCGGGCGAGUCGCCACGGCAGUCGGCGCACCGUAAGCCUAACAAAGUUCAGCGUCGCCCCAAGGAUCACCAACCAGGCCGCGACUCUGUGCGUCGCGCCAGCGAGAAGACUGUGGUGUCCAAGGAGGCCGCACACACGAUGCUCCCAGGGGGGGGUGUCGUCUGGAAGGAAGUUCGGCCAGACGUACGUCAGGCCAUUCUUGCUGGGCUCAAGUACGACACAGCCAUGGAGUGGAUUGGUAGCGACCGGGCGGCUCAUGGGCACUUCAGGCAGCCGGAGCUGAUCAAGAUGCUCGUGAGCAUGAUGUACUGGCGUCGUCUUGACCUGACUCCCUGGAGCAAGUACGUCCCUGAAGCCUACUACGAAAUGGCAGACGAGCGUCUGGACAGGUGCCUUCGACGCGGUGAUGUGCCACCACCCUGGGGGAACCUCGAUGACCACAUGGUGUACCCUGAUGAGGACGCCGAUUCCACGGUGGACGACAUCGAGAACGACCCGGACUACCAGCCUCCCGCCCAGGAACUUGAGGAGAGCGCCUCUAGUAAUAGCUCUGAAGAGGAGGAGGUCGCUCCUGAAACUCUGGAGGACAUCGAGGAUGCAGGGGACGACGACGACGCAGAGGACGACAAUGGGGUAGAAGAACCCCUGGAAGUCAAGCCUCCUGCUAAGCGCCCCCGUUCUGAGUCAAACAAGAAACCUCAGGGUUCCAACUCGAAGUCGAUGAAGAAACGUCGCACAGGAAACAAGACAGACACUUCUGCCACUCAGGGUUCUAGUGGUACUCAGGGGUCCAAGGCUACAUCACGCUCCAAGCAUCCGUCGACGCUCGCGCGGAAACCUGAGUUGAUGACGGCCGAAGACCCUGAAGACAACGAGACCUCCUGGCGCAUCUAUGGGGUUCUUGUUCAAUAUCCAAGUUCGACCAAGAGUGCGUCUUGCCAGACUCCCGGGUUCCCAGACCUCUGGGACCGCCAGGCAUACCAAGAAGUCCUGGAUUCUGAACCCUGGGAGACUAUGCUUCAGGGUCGCUUCCGAGUGUUCUACUUCCAUGAGCGAGAGCUACUCUCCGCGAAAGCGCUCAAGCUGAUGGAGGACGUCGUGGACGUCAUGCACAAGCACGCACAGGCAAUCUGGGAGCGCGGGCACUGGGUGCCUAUUCCGACUGAAGAACAAGCAGACGCCACCAUGGAAUCUCAGCGGAAGUCGCGUCGAAACGCGCUACGUAGAGCGUACAAGACGCUCGUCGAGCGCUCGCGCAACACCCCUGGGUUCAUCCCGUCGUUGUGGCACGAACCGGGUCUCUGGAAGUUCCCGGACAAGUGCUGCUACUGGAUUUGGGAGGAUCCCAGGGCCAAGAAACUCGGGGGAGCUAAGUGCAAGGACUUAAACGUCCAGCUAGCGACGUUGGACAUUCGUGAGCCUGCUCGAGUCCAAUGGAACACGGCGGCUGACGACGAUGAGUGGCUACAAUACGUGCCGAACAACAUCAAGCGCCACAUCAAGCCCCUGGCCAUCCGCAAGCUCAACCCGCUGUCUCUCAAGCACUCGUGA